AUGACCCCACAGCUCUCGUCCAAGGGGCUUCCGCCUCCACCUCUGCGCAUCGACAAACGCAACAUGUCCGACUCGAACCAGAAUCAUGGUGGCUCGCAGCAGUGGCCCAUGCAAGCCCGUGCCACAGCUGGUUCCUCUCACCUCAGUGCAGCUUCCGAACACAAUGAUGCUUCUACAAAGCUCUCGCGCACCCCGAGCGGGCGCUUUCGUAUCCGUGUACCGUCUCUCACCAAACAAGCCAAGAGCACGGAAACAGCGCAGAAUGCUGCUCCGCUGCUGCAGAACGCUCAAUCCCAGCCUGUGCAUUCGCAAUCUCAGAACAGCGGCAAAGUGUGGCAGCCACGAUGGGCGCCAAGACUCAAGCGCACCAAUCCUUCCGAGUCCGUAACCACCUACUCACCCAUCUUGGAUGCUCCACUCCCACCUCUUCCAUCAUCCAUGGCCUCGCCGCCGCCCGCCGUGAAACUCGACGAUACUGGCUUUGGUCGACCGUUCAGCACCGCGGGUCUGCUUGACCUCAAUGCUUCACGCUUCUCGUUCCUCGACAUGAGCAACAUGGACCACGAAAACGAUGCUGACAGCGACGACUCGCAUGGUGCUCCAGCGCUCGUGAACCGGCUCCCGACAAUCUGCGAGCCGCCAACGUCGCAACAUGGCCACUCCAAGCUACCAUUGUCUUCGGCCUCGUCAGCGACCAACGGUCUGGUCGAGCCUGCAACCGCUUCUAGCUCCUUGCAGCCGAGUUCGAGCCGCGAGAUGCUCAAGGUCCUGCAAUCCCCCACUUCCGUCUCGGGGCAAGACACGCCAUCACCCCACGUGUUGCUGCCAACCUCAUCCCCUGCCCUUGCAUCGCUCAUUAGUUCCUUUCCGUCGCCCCUCACCCGCGAUCGUGCAUUGCCUCCAGCUCCAUCGUCUUCUCAUCUGUUACCAACAGAGACGAUGCAGAGCAGCAACGCCACCAGCGGUACCGCUUGGGCCGCUGCUAUGAAGAAGGAGAAUAGCUGGGAUGGAGGAGAACGCUGGCGUACCGAUGGGCUCAAACACGGCGGCUUGCCAACUGGACGUGCCUCCACCGAGCUGCCUUACCUCGACAUGGACGAUGACGAUAGCGGGUCCGAGCUGGUCGAAGCCGCUCCGGCCAACCCCUCGAGUGCGAGCAUGCAACCCCAGCUUAGGCCCUCCUCCAUCUCACCUACAAAGAGUCGCCCCGUCCGCAACCCGCCUCCUCGACCCGCUCCAAACAUGGCGCUUCCGGAUCUGCCUGCCCGAGCAAGCGCGGCGGUGCCAGCCUCUGUUCGCCGGCACACGCCCACCAGCAGCAUCCAACUCGACAUGCAGCAGCAGACAGCGGGACCCGCUUCGGCGUCUUCCUCCAAGUCGGUACAGAGACCACUCAUUCUACCCUCCCUGCGAUCUUCCACAAGCAUCGAUCGAUUAGCUGCCUUGGGCUCGUCCAGCUCGUCUCCUUUGGAUGAGGCUGCUCUUGCCAAAACGACGAAUCGACGCAGUCUCAAGCCAUUGACGCUGUCCCGCAGUGCUUCCACCGACGAGCUGGCCAAGUCUCUCGACAUUCCUCGCGAAACAGUCAAGCAGAUGCUCGAAACAACGCAACACGUAUGGCGAAACCACUUGCUUGGCUCCGUCGCCAUGCACCUCGACCAGCCAAUCACCGGUGGCGGCCUUGAGCGGCUUCCAAGAUCCAGUUCGAGCCCGGUGCUUUCUACCAUGUUUGCAUCUCAGGCCUCGUCCGAUAGCAUCGCCGCUUGCGAAGAUCCGUCCAAGGGAAGUGUGGCCAAACCGCCGGCAGGGAAAAGCAGCAACCGUGCCUCGAUGCUUGGCCUCCCCUACAUUUCUUCGUCCCGACCAUCGUUCGAGCAUCAGAGCCCCGGCUGGGCUGUCACAAAACACAGCAUGGACUCUUCGCGACCUUCCAUGCUCGAAUUGCAGGCCGAGCGUGCCAGGCAUCGCCGUACCUUUCUCGCACGAAGCAGUGAGGAUGGGCCCACAGCCAACUACAACUUUUCUCGACCUAUCCCUCGCGAUGCCAAUGGCACGGACUCGGGAUUGGCUGCAAGCGCAAGCAUGCCCUCGCUCGCGAUGGCCAGACAGGCUCCCAAGCCGCCAGCUCUCCUGCAGAGUCCGCUUCUGCUCAAGGGCGAAUCCGAGGCCACUGGCUUCGCCCAGUUUGUUGCCGACGACGAGCAGGAGAUCCUGGUCGAUUCCAACUCAGAAGCUCACCAGUCCUUUGCGUUGGCUCGCGCACUGCAACCGAGGGACGCCAUCAACUUCGACAAGACAACAGAGGCUGCUCUCAGCGCAGCAAAAUUCAGCGUACACAAACCAGUCCCUGCAUUGCCCCUGCUCAGCAGCGGCGCGUCUCCGAGACUGGUACGACGCAACUCCGACACAGUGCUGAACCGGUUCGCACCCGAGUUCGGCAAGCGUGCUCCAGGCGAGCUUCAUGCUUGGAGCGUCUGCAUCGACGACGAUGGCGUACCUGCCAUUCGCCCUUCUCAAUCAGCUUUCCAUCGCCCAAGCUGCCCGCUGGCAGGCAAGAACAAUGCUACGUGGCAGUGUGGUUGCCGAAACUCCUUCAGCCACAAUGCUGACAUGUCAACGCCGUCUCUGUCUGUGCCAGGCCAGUCUUCGCCUGGUCGCAAUCGAUCGCUGAGUGCCGGCAAUGCGAUGGACCCCAUCCGCCAAGCACAGUUGUGGGGCCAAGUGGAGAAGAACAAGGAGCUUAUCCGAAAGCACCAGCAGGAGAUUGCGGGCUUGCAGGAACAGGUGGUGCGGAUCUCGACCGAGAUGACAUCUGCGCGACCGUCGUUCUCGUCUGCGUUUGCGACUCCGGACCUCGCCUCUGUCACGGCCUUCCCUGCCCCACCGGCCAGGGCGAGUGCGAGCAUUUCGAGCCCAUUCUCUGCCAUGGCGUCGCCGCGACCUGGGAAACCUGCUGUACCGGCCAAGACAACCAGUGUGACUCCAUUCCCGGCCUGGAAUGCAGCUUCCACACCCUUGCCAGAUUUGCCAAAAACGCCUCCUACACAGCAAGCCCAGCCACCUCGAACUCUGCGGGGACGCAUUGCAUCGCUGUCGAAGAUAAGUUUGGCCAAAGACAGCGAGGAUGAUCGGCUAUUCGAAUCGUCGAAACCGAGCCACUCGCGUCUGCGAUCGUCGUCAUCGACAUCGAGCCUAAAUAAGGUGUUCCGCUUCCCAUGGUCGCGCUCUUCAGACAAGGAGCAGGUAUUUCCGGAACCGACUCCGUUCACGUUGGGCGACCGCCGUCACAGCAAGGCGCACUCGAGCGUAUCUUUGCGCGAGAAGGCUCUGCCUCGCGUACGAAUGUACUCGGUCGACGAGUCGAGACCGUUGCCUGCGCCUCCCCUCCAGGAUGCGGCUAUGUCGGGCAAGGACAAGCGAUACCCUCCGAGCUCGCGCAAGUUCUCGUAUGACAUGCUGCGUGGACCAGCGAUGCAUUCGAGCGUGGGAUCGCGACACUUGCGUGGUCGUUCGGGGAGCUCGAAAUCGUCGUCGUUUGGGACGAGCAUCUUUUCGUCCAACGAGAGCCACGAUAUGCACGAGACGUCGCGUUUUGCCAGCUUCCCUCGCUUUGGACGGCGAUGGGAUUCCAUCUCAUCGCGUGGCACCAACGCUUCUGCACGCAAUAGUGCUGAAGUCAGCACACAGCCGAAUGGAUACUCGUUUGGCUCCAUGCCGGCUCUGUCUUCUGUCGCAGCGGGCACGGGCAAACUGAUGCCUGCUCUGCCGAUCGAGGCCGACACGGGGUUGAGACAGCACAAGGACCCCCCUCCUCGACGAAGCUCGCUGCUGCGCAAGUCGCUGGAAGCCGCACCCAGGCGCACACCCAUCCCGAGCGAGUUCCUGCAGGCCAACGAGGGCGGCAUGGCGCCCAUCUCGGAGCUGAGCGAAGUGGGCAGCCCUGCCUCGGGACGAAUCGCUCCUACUCGGGCUGACCCGGAGAUGAGUCCUGUCAGCUUCACGGGGGCUUCGCCGGCGGGGCCUGUGCGGAUGAGCAUGAGCGAGCGAUAUCGUCUGCAAGGACUUACGGUGCCAGCGCCGCUCGCGCUCUCGUCGUCGCUGACGUCGCCUGCACUGGGAUCAGCGGCGGAACCAGGCUCGGGGACCAAGGUGGGAGAAGGCCCUUCGCGAUCGCCCACUUCGCCGCGGUCUGCUAGAUCGCCUCUGCCUGUUGGCUUUUCGCAUGGUGCUCUCACGGUGGCAAGACGUCCCUCGCUCUCGACACGAAGCUGA